UUAAUAUUCAAUCGAGGAAGAAGAAGGUGAAGAAGAAGAAAAAAGUGAUAGAUAUGAAAGAUAAUCCAAUUGGUUGAGUUGAGUAAAUUUGGGGAAGCAUAAAGUAGCAUCAGCAUUUACCAUCUUCCUUGUUUCUUUGAUUCAUUCACAGAAACAAAAGUAAAUUGAAUGACUAUGGCUUCAUUCACAAACACUUUCACUCUUCCUCGCUUCAUUAACUUCAACAACAACCCUUCUACUUCUUCUUCUUCUUCUAUCCCCAAAUUCUUCACUUUCUGCACCCCCAUUUCCACUUCUUCACCCUCCAAUGCAUCAUCCUCAAAAACACGCGCACCCACUUGUCCUCGAGCUAUGUCUUCUUCUUCUUCUUCCUCUUCUUCUUCCUCGUUUGGCUCUCGCCUCGAAGAAACCAUCAAAAACACCGUUGCUCAAAACCCCGUUGUCGUUUAUUCCAAAUCCUGGUGCUCGUAUUCUUCUGAGGUGAAAUCAUUGUUCAAGAAGCUCGGUUAUCAACCAUUGGUCCUCGAAUUGGACGAAAUGGGUAUCUAUUUUUCAAUUCACCCCUUUUACUCCAACCCUAACUAUUGUUUGUUUCUUAAUUUAUUUAUUUUUUUGAAUUUCUGUUUAGGUCCACAAGGGCCACAAUUGCAGAAGUUGUUGGAAAGACUCACAGGUCAAUACACUGUCCCAAAUGUGUUCAUUGGUGGCAAACACAUUGGUGGCUGUACAGAUACACUUAAGCUGUACCGGAAAGGAGAACUUGAAACUUUGCUAUCAGAAGCUACUGCUAAAAGCAAGGGUGGCUAAGAGCUUAACAAUUUUACUCUCAUCCUAAGGAGAACCCAAUCCCAUUACCGGUUUGUCUCAAGUGUUGGUUGAAACUUGAAAGCAUUAUGAGUUUAUACAUUGCCGUUUGUAGUUGUAUAACUGAAAUAAACAAUGUUUUUACCUGGAAGACUAUAUACCGAAAUUUUUCUUCUUUAUGUAAUGAUUCUUCAAUUGGUGGUCUGAAUGCCUGGGAAAUUAAAUUGAUGAACAUUUACUUGGUCUAAUUAUGUGUUGCUCCA